AUGUCGGGCCUCAUCUCAUCCACCAUCGACUCGAUCCGCGGAACCGGAAAGAGCAAGCUCCUCAAGAAGAGCCCCGACGAUGUUGUCAUCACCAUGGCUGUCCGCACGCCCCUGCAGAAGGCCCGCAAGGGCGGCUUCAAGGACAUGAGCGUCCAGGAACUCCUCAUCGCCUUCUUCAAGAAAGCCAUCCCCGAGAUGAAGAUUGACCCGGCCCUCAUCGGCGACAUCUCUGUCGGCACCGUCCUCCCGCCAAAGGCUCCCUACGAUGCUCGCGCUGCUCAGAUCGCCUCUGGAAUCCCCGAGACUGUCCCUCUCCAGAUCAUCAACCGCUUCUGCUCGUCCGGCCUGAUGGCUGUCCAGAACGUCUCGAACCAGAUCCGCAACGGCGAGAUCGAGAUCGGUCUUGCCGUCGGAUUCGAGAGCAUGUCUGCGACUCCGGACCGCGGUGCCGACUCGUUCGCUGAGGAGGUCCUCGCUCACCCUGUCGCCAAGGACACUCAGUACCCGAUGGGCUGGACCUCGGAGAACGUCUCAAAGGACUUCAACAUCACCCGCGAACGGAUGGACGAGCUCGCCGCCGCCUCUCAGCAGCGCGCCGCCCAGGCGCAGGCCGCCGGCCUCUUUGACAAGGAGAUCCUCCCCAUCGAGGCUCUCGUCGCUCCCUCCGCGCCGUCCGCUUCGUCCGACUCGAAGCCCCAGCGCCAAAAAGUCCUCGUCACCAAGGACGACGGGAUCCGACCGGGUACGACGAAGGAGGCGCUUGGAAAGAUUCGUGCGGCGUUCCCGCAGUGGGGGAACGGGACGACUACGGGUGGAAACGCGAGUCAGAUCACCGACGGUGUUGCGGGUGUCUUGUUGAUGACCCGUCGCAAGGCGGAGGAACUUGGACUCGAGAUCCUCGGAAAGCACGUCGCUACCUCGGUCGCGGGUCUUCCCCCUCGCAUCAUGGGCAUCGGUCCCGCCUUUGCAAUCCCCAAAGUCCUCGAGCGCUGCGGCAUCACCAAAGACGACGUCGACCUCUUCGAAGUCAACGAGGCCUUCGCGUCGAUGCUCUCGUACUGCAUCGACAUCUACGGUUUGCCGCAUGACAAGGUCAACGUCAAGGGCGGCGCGAUCGCGCUUGGUCACCCGCUUGGAUGCACUGGUGCACGCCAAAUCGCCACCGGUCUCCACGAGAUCCGCCGUCGCGGCGGCAAGAUCCUCGUCACCUCGAUGUGCAUCGGUCUCGGAAUGGGCGCCGCGGCCGUCUUUGUCGCCGAAUAA